CCCAGCGCCGACACCCAAUGCUUCCUAGUAUUUCAUUUCACGAACUCGCUGUGUCUUCCUGAGUCGGUGAUUCUGGCCUGUAUUCUCAUAUAGCUUUUCUACAUUUCCUUUAAAAAUGAGCGAAGGGGAAAUGCAGGACGGUGCUUUGAAUCAAAGCGAAGGGCAGGUUAAAGCUGGUACCGAGAACACAGAGGCCGACUGGAAGGCUGCAGCGGAGAAAUUUGAAAGCCUGGCCUCCACAAAGAAGCUCCGGACUCCAAAGUCUCAGUAUGCCAUCACUAUCGCUGUGUCUUCUCGCUGCCUCUUUAACAUGGUAGAGGAAAGAAAAAUCUACGAGGAGCACGGGCUGGAGAAAUACGUUAAAUAUCAGCAGGAACAUGAAGAGGAACCUUUGCAGAAGGGACCUGCUUUCCCCUUAAUCAAGGCACUGGAAAGAGUUAAUUUACAACUUCGUGACCUGUACCCUGACAGUGAUGAAAUAUUUGAUGUAGUUCUGAUGACCGACAAUCAUGCACAAGUAGGAGUACGGCUGAUAAACAGUAUCAAUCACUAUUAUCUGGCAAUUGAAAGAUUCUGUAUGACAGGCGGGAAAAGUCCAAUUGGGUACCUGAAAGCCUAUCUUACCAAUCUGUACUUAUCAGCAAAUCCUGAGAAAGUGGGUGAGGCAAUUGAAGCAGGAAUUGCAGCUGCCACCAUGUUUCAGACGACGAAGGAACUAAACCUUUCAGAUAAAGAGCUGAGGGUUGCAUUUGAUGGUGAUGCUGUUCUCUUCUCUGAUGAGUCAGAGAAAAUUGUAAAGCUUCAUGGAUUAGAUACCUUUUUUGAACACGAGAAGAAAUAUGAAAACAAUCCUCUUGCAAAAGGUCCUCUCAAGGGAUUUUUGGAAGUAUUAGGAAAGCUGCAGAAGAAGUUCCAUGCUAAAGACUUGCGCUGUAACUGCCCAAUCAGGACCUAUCUUGUCACAGCAAGAAGUGCUGCAAGUUCUGGAGCAAGAGCUUUGAAGACACUUCGGAGUUGGGGGCUAGAAGUUGAUGAAGCCCUCUUUCUAGCAGGGGCACCAAAAGGACCGAUGUUAGAAAAAAUUCGCCCUCAUAUCUUCUUUGAUGAUCAAAUGUUCCACGUGAAAGGAGCACAGGAGAUGGGAACCAUUGCAGCACAUGUGCCAUACGGCAUUGGACAAAAGUACAAUAAGAGCACUUCCAUAACUGAAAAUGCUGAUAAAAGUUAAAUGACAAAUGGUAGACCAUAUUCAGAUAAAAAACCAAGUCAGACUGUUUACUCUGUAGCUACAGUUGAAAUAUACUAAAAUCAAAUGUGUUAGCAGAAUGAGAAAAUUGGAAUUUAAUGGAGGGGCCUUUUCUACAUAGGAUUUGCUUAUUUGUUUCUUCCAGAAUUUAUUACAAUGCAUUUAUCUUAAUACGUUCAAGCUUGAGGUCUAAAGAGGAUGAAGUAAUCAGCUUAUAUUUUCAUACCAUUUUUAAUUCUGACCACAAUAGCCUUAUAACAAUUUUAGUAAUGUAAGAGGCACAUUAGACUUGAUUUUCUCUUCAAAGCGGCAGUACUUUAAUUGAGGGUAUCAUUACUUUUAAAAUUGCUUAAUAGAUACUGUACUAUAAAAGAUUAUGUCCGAAUGAUACAGUUUGUUGGGUGUUAACAAUAAUUAAAAUGGCAGACAUUUCUCUUGGCAUAUUAUGUAAUAGAAAUUGUUAGCUUGGACUGGAAAUUAAAUUACCUCCAGAUGCAUAUAAAAUUAUCCAAGGAAUCCCCUGAAAUUAGAACCUCAAAGCAAAAUGAGAUCAUUAUCAUUUUGUGCUAGCUCUCUGAAAGACCAUCCUAAUGGACGCUCCGUUUUUUUUGCAAAUAAUGCCCCUGCUUCCUUUUUGUUAAACUUGCACAACAGCAGUUUAUUAUUCAUAAUUCUGGGGUGGGGGAAAUAUAUUAUUAUUCCCUCACUCAAGAGUUAAUAUUCAGUUUCAAGCUUCACAAUAACAGUAGUGCUGGGGAUUCAGGCAGGUUUGGGCCACAGAAUUGUGGCUAAACUCUUAAUAAAAUGAAUCAGGAUUACGAGCUGCAAUUUGGAUUCAAAGAUAGAUGGAGUCAAAAUUUUGGUUGGUAAUUGAUCGGAAGAUGAAAGAAGCACUGAUAAGGUUUCUAAGUGUGAUGAGCACUAUCUUCUUCUGUUCAGUCAAUGCUUUAGGAAUUUCAAAUAUUCACCAAUGCAAAGACCAUAAUGUUUGCAUCUUGCAUUGGUAAAGACUGUCUCUUUUUGGUCUUUUCCAGUUUGACUGAGGUCACUCUUGAUCAGAAUUAAGUGCAUGCAUCACCCCAAGCUGCCAGCUGAACCCACUCAUGUGAGAAUAUACAAUAAGUGAAAUUGGGCGUUACCAAGAAACACUUAAUUUUCUCUGCCUAAUAUUCUCUUACUGUGUUAUGUAAUGUAUUAUAGUACUGGUAAUUUUUGAGUUGGGUGGCGGGAUGAAGAUCUUUUUCUACUAAAGGAUAUUGUAAGGCACUCCUUCCCUCCACUAGGCUGAAAGUCACCAUUGGGCAAGGUGUAGUAACUGUUUAGCCCCCUGAUCAGGAUCAUCUGAAGCCAUGGGAGCAUAUGGUGAGUGGAUGGUUGUAUGAGCAGCUGGUGUAUAUCACAAUUCCUGGUUAUGCAACCAUUGACGCCAAGCAGACAAUCUAUGAAGAGUAUUGAUAGAGGUUUGGGUCACCCAUCUUAUAAAGACAGUACCCAGAAGAAGGCAAUGGCAAACCACUUCUGUAGAAAAUUUGCCAAGAGCAGUCAUGCUCUUGGAAGACCAUGAUCUCCCACAUCAUACGACAACGCAUAUUAUGAAUGAACACAUGUUUGACUAGUCUAUUUCCCAUCAGAAAAUGCACUUUUGCACUGAAAUAAUCAUUGGAUCACCUUGGCCAUUUCUGUUUAAAGGAAAAUGCCUCAACAAAACAUAUGACUAGAGCCUCUUAUUCCUAUUUUUGUUUCUUUAAACAUCUGUAUUUAAAUUAGGUUUGAUACUACCUCCUCCGCCAGUAUAAUGGUGUUUAUUUCUUUAAUAUAUAUAUGUCAAGGUUACAGAAUCACUGGAAUGUAGUUUUAUGAUACAAGAAUACAGGUUAUAAUUCAAUUAAGUUUCUAGUCACUGAUAUCAACUAAUGUUGUCUACUCUUUUCAUUUUGAUAUAUUGGAAUUAUGCCUAUUUACAGUAUUUGUAAAAGCUAAAUGAUUAUAUGAUCCUUACUAUAUUUCUCUGGUCAUAACAAUAUGCUAUUUAUUUGCAAACAGUUACUGCUUUGACUUGUUUUUGCAAAAGUAGAUCAGAUUUUAGGUUUUUAUUUAUAAGAACAUUUACAUUCAGAAAUAUUUUUUGCAAAGCCUUGAAUGUAAGGGCCUGCAGUGCAGGGCACUAUUUUGAAUGGAAUGAGUAGCAGAAUAAAAAUGUUUUAAAAGUAUCCAAGGAUGGUGAAUCUAGGAAAGUUUUUCAGCAUUUUCCAGUUCUCCGUAUUGAACUAUUUAAUUGUCUUUAUUAUGUUUGUGUGUUGUUAAUUUGGCAUCUGCCAUGCUAAAGGCAGUUAGUUUUUAAAACAAGUUGCAUUAGGUAAACAUUUAGUGAGCUCCUUACAAAGGACCUAAUUAUUGGAUGAGCUUCAGCAGUUGUGGACAAGUUAGACAAUUGUUUUAAAAAACUAUAUUUUAUUAGCAAUAAAAAGCCCCUGUUAUCAAUUGUCCCCUUCAGUGAAGAUUGGGCUGCUUUGCUUAGCCUUGUGUAUAAAUAGGGGAAACAAAUUCCAACAAUUCCUAGUCAGGGCAAGCUAACUCUGAAAUCUCUUCAGGUAAUGUAACAGGCUCACCAUUUUUCUUCUUGUUGACUGUCCUUCACUCCUGGUCCUGGACUGUUGGUGCAAAGCAAUCAUGUGAGAGGAAGUGAAUGGGGCAGCAGAUGGCACUGAUGUCCCUGUUUACACAUUGUAAUUAAGAUAAGGUCUUAAUGCUUACAAAUUUUUUAAAAAUUGCAACAGUGAAAUAAGGUUGCCUCAGUUCAAAUUGAUUAUUAUUUGAUUACAGUGGUUGAAUUGUAGUGCCUUUGCAUUUUGUACGUUUUCUUACCUGCAAUUUUCUUUGUGCAUUUUUACAAAACAAUACUAUAUUGUUUCUUUAAUUUCAAUAAGAAAGCUUAUUGCAAAUAUUAUUUACGUGAUAAUUAUUUUGCUUUAAAUGUAUUUCUUAAGAGAUUAAAGGAAUACUUUGAAUGCUGAAAA